AUUGUUAUUGGAAAUCCGUACUUCCAACUUGAUCUUUAAAAAACGUUUAUAUACAAUUGUAUGACUUGGAAAUACUGAUCUGUCAAACAUUAUUUGACAUUUCUAUCAAUUCAAUAGCUUGACAGUCGUUUUUUUUUCCCCCUUUGUACUACCAAGAUUUUUUUGCAUGACCCAACGGUCAUUAUGAUUAAACCUUCAAGAUCACAUUCACAUCUUUCAAGUUUCCCAGGGGGUUCUAUGACUGCAACAACAGCUAACUCAAAAGACCCUAUGUCUAGGUCUGCAACAGCCACCCCAAAGAUUGGUGCUUGCACCCCCAAAUCAGGAACACUUACCCCAACUAACUCCGUAUCAAGACAGGCGAUGCAGUCCCCCCAAAUCCCCCCAUUGUCACUUGCUGAUCCUGAACUUGCCUCACUUCCUAAAAUUGGCGUUGAAUAUCAUAAAACGGCAUCAAAACCAAUAUAUGAAGGUGCCAAUGGUAUAAUUAUUAAAGGCACAGAUUCUACGCAUACUCAAGUGGUUGUUCUUAAACGAAUCAAAGAAAGAGAGGACCAUUCAGCAUAUGGAUAUACCAAGGCAGUCAUUCGAGAGUACAAUAACAUGAGAAAAUGUAAUCAUAAGAAUAUAAUUCCCGUACUCCUGCUUGCUACAAUUCCUGAUUGUUCUGAUCUUGCGUUGAUUCUACCUUUUUAUCCCAAGGGAGACCUUUUAGAUUAUCUUAGCAAUUUACGACGGUUUAAAAUUGAAAUUUCGUCAAAUAUGAAGGAUGCCAUUUUCAAACAAAUACUAACUGGAGUUCGAUAUCUUCACCGCAAGAACAUAAUACAUGGUGAUCUUAAACCCGAGAAUUUCCUCCUUGAUUCCGACGGAAUUAUCAAGAUUUCCGAUUUCGGUUAUAGUUUGGAUUUGAACACUAAUGACUAUCAACAAGAAAUACUUUUGAAUCCACGAACUAUAUAUUGUGGAACAAAUAGUUUUAAAGCACCAGAGUUAUUCCAAAUUGAACAUGAUAUCAAUCAUAAUGAAUUUAAUUUCUCGGACUUCUUUACCUCAGCCGAGAUGUUGUUCAAAUCCUGGGAUUAUUGGGCCUUGGGAAUGAUAUAUUUCCAAUUAUUCUUAAUGAAAGCACCCUGGAGCAUGGCCAAUCCUUUACAACCCAUGAACAUUGCUUAUAUCAAAUAUUCUAAGGAAUAUCCCGAUUCUGCAGAUAAGGUGCAUGCGUUAAUGAAUGAGUUAAACAGCAAACACAGCACGUUCAAAAGCAACCCAGCAGUGGCCUUAUUCAAGAGUUUGCAUUAUGAUUCACGAGAGUCGAUUCUAGGGCUAUUGAACCCUAAUCCCGAGAAAAGACUAACUCCCGAUGACUUACUCAAUACAAACUGGUUGACCCAAGUAUAUGCCGAUCCUAAGGAAUUUAUCAAGUUAUUAAAAUAGAUUUCUAUAUUUAGUUGCGAAUAGAUAGAAGAUUAUAUAGCUAUACAGUUGAAUUUCUCUAAUUAAGGGAAGUUGUAAGGUCAUUCACGAGAUCUUGUUUUGAGCCAAAGUUGAAAGUAGCAAAUAGGGAGCUCAAUUGGGAAUUGUACGCGUCAUCGUCAACGUAUUUAACUCGCUUGUCCUGGAAUAAGGCGCUCUCAGUAGUUUGUGUUCCCACAGAUUUAAAUUUUAAGCUACUCUUGCAAUUGACAGCUUCGGUAUUGAGUUUGAGUUGUUUUGAAUUAGAAGAAAUGGAUAGGUUAGUUGUGGUAUGACGUUUGUAGUUCAGAUUGAAGGUUGGGUAGUUACUCAAGGAGUUUCUAGAAUUUGCAGUAUUUGCCAACAAUGAUGCGGCUGAAGGGGUAGUGGACAUUGAAGAUGUCAUGGGUUGCUUUGAUGUUUCUUGGUUAUUACUUCUUGAAUCUUUGAUUGAUGAUGAAAGAAGUGGUCCUCUAGCCUUUUUGGUCAUUGUUUUGCUACUAUGUGUAGUUUAUUUUGGUUGU